AUGGUUGUCAUGCUUAGUGCCCGUCUUCCCACCAUUAACUAUGCUCUUCCUUCAGGUAGAGAUUGUAAGUACACAGGUCAAGCAGUGAGAGCACUCCCUAUACGAAUAAUAUCAAUAGGGAAAAAGAGAUCAGAAGGUGUACAACUCGUAGUGGAUGAGUACAUUGAAAAGCUUAAGCUCUACUGUAGUGUUGAAGAUGCUCACAUACGGAACAAUCCUAAAAAUGCACGUGAUUGGAGAGCUCAGGUUGAUCAUGAAGACAGUGCUGUUAUGGAUCUUAUCAGGUCUGAUGAUUGGGUUGUGCUGUUGGAUGAGCAUGGGAAAGACAUAGGGUCCGAGCAGAUGGCUGAGUUGGUGGGGGAUGCUGGAAAUACAGGAGCUUCAAGACUAUCAUUCUGCAUUGGUGGACCGUAUGGUCAUGGAAAACGAUUGCGAGAGCGUGCUGAUGUUUCUGUCAAGCUGUCUUCUAUGGUAUUAAACCAUCAAAUUGCAAUAGUUGUGCUCGUAGAACAACUCUAUAGGUAUUCCCCUUCUUCAUUCCAGAUGAUUACUCUGUCUGCCUUGCUUGAGUUAAGUUUGAGUGACUUGGUUCAACCGAUGUAG